UGGCUCUUUUCGUGGGAAGCUGUUGUCGUUUUAAUGCAAGAAACAUGUUUGACGAGAGUUUUUAAAAUUUAAUUUUUAUUCGUGCAUUAGUUCAUCGUUUGUAAUAAAAAUAAAUUGUGAACCGUCAUUUGUUCUGCUAUUUACAAGAGGAUUAAUAAUUUCGAAAUUAUUAUUUCGCACAUUUUCGCAAAAAUGUUGCAUCGGGAAAUUGUGAAUUGUAGACAAUUAUUGGUAUUGUAGUACUGUGAUUGCAAUAUGGUGAGCUAGCUCUCGAGUUUAGGGCUUCUGCCCCCAAAGUUGCGACGAAAUUAUAAAAUUUCAAUAAUGACGCGGCGAGUGAGCCGUAAAUGUAAAGGGAUUUGUAGCUUCGUUCUCGUAGUUUUGCUCGUUUUCUACAUCGAAGUGCUCUCCUACAUUGUCAACACGCAGGACUGGACCCCAUUUCCGACACGGUCUCCUCAGCAGAAGGAGAACGGCGACGAUGGACCCUUACGCGUCCUUGUCGUAGCUGACCCACAAAUUAUUGGGGAGAAUAAUGAACUUGCAUUUUUCGGCCUGUUUACCCGUUGGGAUGCUGAUAGAUAUUUGCAUCGUAACUUUCUUCUCGCCCAACAUCACACGCAGCCACAUGUCGUGGCCUUUCUGGGGGAUUUGUUUGACGAAGGUUAUGGGGCCACGGAUGCCGAGUAUAGAAGAUACACGAGAAGAUUUAGAGAGGUUUUUCAGCUGCCUAGAAAGCAGGACCCCUCUCCAAUUGAAUACGUGUUCCUCCCGGGAGACAAUGACAUUGGGGGCGAAGGCGUGGAACCUAUUGACGUUGUGAAGCUCAGAUGGUUUAACCAAACGUUUGGAGACUUUAAAAAAGAGCUCUGGGUUCAGAGAGGAUCCGUAUCGGCUCAGUUUGUGAAGUUGAAUCUGUUGCUGCCGGAAGAGUAUCAAAACCCCACAAAAGGGAGAGAACAUCUUUUAAACGGUGCACAACCGGACGUUCGAAUUAUUUUAUCGCACACAUCCCUCGUCCAAUUUAAAACAAAUGCUGUGCAAACGGCUUUCUCAUUGGACACACAGAUUUUGGACCAGCUUCGACCGCAGUUGAUUUUCUCUGCACAUUCUCAUCACUCGGCGUACACGCAGCUCGAGGGUUCGGAAAUGGUCAAGAUGACUGAUAAAUUCCUCAUGGCGCACAAGCAUCCCAGUCGACAAUGGGCAUUGGAAGGAGUCCCGUUUUUAGGAUACACAGCAAAACCUAAGAGCGAAAUUACAGCGGACGACACGUUGCAGCUUCAGACCAGCGCUACCAUCACGCUCCAAUUCGACAAGGGGAGCAGAACAGUGCAUGAAAUUACCGUCCCCACCUGUUCCUACCGAAUGGGAACGCCGCACCCGGGAUUUGGUGCCUUCCAUUUGUAUAAGAAUGGAACCCUGGAGUACACCGUGCUCUGGUUGCCGUCCAGAUUAAAUCAGUUGUACACAUAUUUAGGGAUUUACUUGAUUAUGAAGUUCUCCGUUAUCUUCUGGGCACUUUUUAAAGCAGCAUCGUAUAUCGCAUCUCAAGUAAAGAACAAAACUAAUUUUUUUAUUCUCAGUAGUGGUAAAAAUUCUUAUCAUAAAGUUUAACAAGGAAUUUUGGAUUUGAUUUUAUAAAUAGAAAUGAUUUUAUUAGUGACAACCGUCCAGGCAUUUACGUGACUAGGAAAUAAAACCAUACUUAAUUAAUAGAAUUCUUUAUAAAAAGAACGACUAGGAAUAACUGAACACGCCAACAUAAAAUAUUGCACAGAUAAAAUAUUAAAUAAAUAAAAUAUUUCUUGAAAUCGUAUAAAAUCUUCGGUCACGAUGUAAGACUAUUACUGGAGAAAACUUUGGCUGGAUAAUAGCUGCCACAGUUCUUGUGUCAAAAAUAAUGGCGUUGGAGUGUAAACUUUAGUUGACCUAUGAAAUCAGGAACAAGAUAUACAAAUAAAGUUUUAUAUAUUUACAUCAAA